UAAACCUAACCUUAACCCUAAACAACGGGUGUGCGUAUUCUUUACCUUCGCCUCGAUUACCUUGUUCAGCGAAGUUUGUAUUGUAAAAGAAACAACGUGUUCGAGUUGAGAUAAUCGUUACAUUUAUUCCGUAAACAAUUUUUAGUUGUGGAUUUACAAGAUCAAGCGUUUUCCUGUUUUGCUCUUUGAUAGUAAAAGCUAAAUAAAUUAGCGGAUAGACAAUACAAACCCUCAUAGACUGGUGAGAUUAAUGAGGGUCCAACCUGGACACCCUCGGGAAAAGAACCACUAACCGCGAAGUUCUUGUCAACGUUAGCAGCUCACCUCACAGAGGUGUCAGAUGACGCCCGUGAAGGCGCCUGGCUUUCACAAUGCCUCAGCCUCGCCAUCACCCGUGAUAAUGCUGCGAGCUUCAGUUCUGUUAAACCUUGUGGUGUGCGACCAGUGAUAAUUCUUAGAAAAGCUUUUCAUACAGAUCUGAGAGUGAUAGCAUUUAUCAUAUGUAUGAGUACAUUUGUGAAGUCACUAGUACCAGGGUAUAUUUGAUCAGUUGUAUGGUCUGAAUGCUUACCGAAAGUGAAACUUCGCUAGACGUAAUCCCGGACUAAGAUGUGUGAGUGUAAAACUAGAAGCAGACGGUAAAUGACUGGGCGUGUAUGUGUAAGCGUACGCGCGCGUGUGUAUGCGGGAGUGGCAUGUUAGUAUAUUAGUAUGUACAAAUGGCUAUCAGAGCACAGAAACUGUCCUCUGAGGGUUUUGUUUCUUUAUUUUGAACAACUAUUCAACAUGAACGGAGCGUUCGUAGGUCUUAUUGAAUACAAGACAAUGCUGUGAGAUUCAAAAAAAAAAAAAAGAACAAAACAGAAUUUGAAAUAACAGUAUAUUUUGUCAUUCGUGGGGAAUAAUUUACAUUCGGAACUUGCGUUCCUCAGCACCGCUUUAGAAUUAUUCCGGCAUCUUACGGAAACUUAAAAUAUUCAUUGGAGGUUUGUGUCACUUUGAUACAUAAGCGUGGGUGUAUACAUACACCCAGACAUACACACAGAUACACACACACACAAACAAACACACACACGUGUGUGUGUUUGUAUACGAAAGAUCGCCUAUUUAUGUUUGUAUACGCAUGUGUGUUUGUUUAUAUAGAUAUAUAUAUGUAUAUAUAGUUCUUUGAAAAUAAGUUCUUCCCACCAUUGAAUCCUUUACGUAUUGGAUAUGUACAUAUAUUGGUGAUUGAUCUCAAACCAUUGAAUGAGACGACAAGGUGCGGUUUGAGGGAGAUUUGGCUGCUAUUUCUAACAGAUCAAGCGACCACGUAGGUGUUAGGUGUUGGUCGGUUACACCUGACUGCUGCUGUCAUAAUUGGUAUCCAUCCACGCAUCAACAAGAAUAUUUUAGUUUUCUAAUGCUGAAAACAAGCUUUGUAAGACGAUAAAGCAGUGGUAGCUGUUUCUGUUGUUCCUCUCAGAUCUGAAGGAUUUGGAAACAGAAACCUGUUCAACAUGGAAUUAUUCCAAAGGAGUUACAAGCUGACAGAUAAGCCGAAAGACAAAACCCUGUUCCACUGUAGUAUUUGCAGCAAAAUAUUCUCUCAAAAUAUUUAUUUAAAGCAACAUAUGAAAACACAUGAAGAGGAGAUGGGUGUGAAAAAAGAUGUACCAAAGGAGAAACCUGUACACAAGUGUGAAUUCUGUGACAAGACAUUUGAUAGGAACAGCAGUUUAGUUUAUCAUAGGCGGUCACAUACUGGAGAGAAACCUUUCGAAUGCAACGUCUGUAAUAAGAUGUUCACUCAAAAGGGAAGCCUUAAAGUGCACAUGAGAACACAUACUGGGGAAAUGCCCUUCCACUGCCAAGUGUGUGAGAAAAACUUUUCCCAAGAAUGCUCACUAAGGAUUCACAUGCGUAGACACACUGGAGAAACACCUUACAGUUGUGAGUAUUGUGAUAAGGUAUUUGCCCGAAAAGACUACUUAACUCUGCACACCAGAAGUCAUACUGGUGAAACACCAUACCGUUGCGAUACGUGUGAAAAAGUCUUCACUCGCAAAGAGCAUCUCAACACACAUAAACGAAUCCAUACAGGUGAAAGACCAUUUAAUUGUAAAUUCUGUGGUUACUGUUUUGCUGACGUUCGAACCUUGAAACAUCACAUACGAAUACACACAGGAGAGAAACCGUAUCGAUGUGAGAUCUGUGGGAAAGCAUGUUCCAGGAAAUACAGCAUGACCAUACACAUGCGAACUCAUACACGUGCUACAAAAAUUGAAUGUGAGAUUUGCAAGAAGAUUUUUUCUCGUAAGAACAGUUUAAAUGUCCACAUGAAAUCGCACGCUGAGGUGAUGAGCCACCAGUGUCAGAUUUGCAAUGAGUAUUUCUGGAGUAAAGAAAAUCUUGCUCUACAUGUGCAAAAGCACUGUGAAAACAAACCAUUUGAAAGUGUGCAGGAAGGUUUCCUUUCUUGUAAGUGACCAGAAUAUUCUAAUAUUCUACAAGAUACCUGAACUGAUGCUGAAAAGUGACAGCUGCUAAAAUUGUUAAAACAACUGCAGCAAAAACUGUCUUUUCAUAAAUUCCAUAUGUGUGUAUGUGUAUGUGUGAUGUGUGAGUAUGUAUAUAAAUACAUAUAUGUGCAUGGUAGUGACUGACCAAAAGUAGCAAUGUGAAGGCUCCGUAUUCAUUGAGCUCUUCAUUGAUGUAGAGAUAGAUGUCGCUCUAAUUCUUUGACAGUUACAUAUUGGUUACCUGUUUUUUUUUUGUUUCAUUUUCUUCCAAACCCAUAAGUAUGAAAUGUUUAUGUCACAAUGUCUUGACUUGAACUUUUAAUAUCUAGACUCAUAUUAUACUCUACAACAGAACUACCGUCCUACACAGAAACACGUACAAGAAUAUAAACACACAUAUGUAACACAUCUACACAUGUAUAUAUACAAACACAUUCACACCACAAACAUACCCAUAUUCAAGAAUAUUGUCAUUAUAUAUAUACACACACAUGCAUAUUGAUAAAAUAUUUGUUUCCUACUAGUUUAUCAUUAAUGUUAACGAUUCUAAAUGUUAAGAACUUGGAUGGAGGAUGAGCUGUAUAUUUUAUUCUAUUUGUUCUAGAUGUUGAUCUAUCAAGCAACUCACCUAAUAUUGACCAACAGGGUCAUUAUUUUAUGCUAAUUUUAAUUUUGCACAAUUCUUCCAGUAGUUUGAUCAGUGGUUCAAAUGAUCAUCAUUUUACUUACUCGUAAGCAUAAACUGUCAAUGAAUGUUGGACUAACAUUCUACUACUGUGUGAUAUUUACACAAGAUAUGUCUGACCUGUUACAUGGUUCCUUCUUUAAAACUUCUUUCAUUCUUAAGAAUAUGCCAGCCUCUCUUCCUUUCUCUGUACAUUGGUUGAUCGUCACUUUCUGUUCAUAGUUCAUAGUUCAGUUUAGUAACAUAUAAUCAUUAUCAUACUUGUUCGCUUGCUUCAUACUCUUACUUGAUGGGGAUGGGAUCAUCCCAGAGAUAUUAUCAUGCAUAGAGCCAAUCAAGUCCACCAGUGCUCUCUAUCACUGGCAGUUCCUAACCAGCCCCUCUGCAUCCUGCAAGGUGAUGUCAAGCCUCUGGAGAAACCUCCUUAAUCAUGUCCAGCCAUUUCGUGCAGGGCCUACCACAAGGCUUCUUCCAGCCCUUAGCUGCUGCAUUGCAUGAGGGAAAAGCACUGGUAGGAUAAUCUAGCAGGAAACAGUGGACAUGUUCAUAUCAGCACAUGCAAUGGACAGCUAUGAGGUGGGAGGCUGCAGGUUGAUGUGCGCAUGCACACAGUUCUUUGUUCUUCCCCUUCAUUCUCCUCUGUGGAACAGAAAUGUGAUCCUUUUCAAAUACCCUGACAAAGAGGAUUGACAGCUUUGAUAGCAGAACCUUGAGAACCAUCGAGAACAUCAGCUGAUACCAUCACGUAUAUCCAACAAAGCUAUCAUCCUAUCAAGAUUUACUUUAAACCUGACCUCAGCAACCUUUAAUUUUUCUCUAUAUUCAAAACAUGUGUCAUUACUCAAACCUUAAUACUACCAACAUUAGCUCCGGCAGUGAUGCUUCCAUCACCCUCAAACAUCCUAGAACACGUUCCAAUCCAUGCCAGAAUAUCGCUAUUUCUCUCAACAAAACUGUAUCUCAGACUAUAAAAGCACAUUCCAGCAUGCCCCAUUACUGAAAAGGGAUUCAUCUCUGACAAUGCUAACUACUAAUUUGUGAUAUUUCACAGGUAAUGGAAACAAGUAUAAACAAAUAUUUCAUUCAUCACUUUCAGUCUCUCUUUCAUAUACACACACACACAUGGUUCUCUCCAUCCUAAAAUUCUGUCAACUCUGGUUUGCUCAUAAGUUUGAUUAUGUAGCCAACAUCCUUCCUUCAAUUCAACUGAUGGGCCUACUUGUUUCUUUUAAACAUAUACUUACCCUUCACUUGUGUUUUUACUCUUCACUCUUCAUUAACUUCCUGCACAUGUCAUCUACAAGUAACCUUGAUAUAUCCCAUUCUGCCUUCAGGAGGGGCUGAACAGUGACGUUUUUGCAAACAUCUCUCAAAAGAGAGCUAGCAACCUAAUUUCCUUCAACAGCAUCAACACGCAUAUUCAAACUCUUGCUCCUCCCUACACCAUAUGAAUAGAAUCAAAGAAAAAACAAAAAGACUAAUCGAUCAAAGUUACUACAAAUGUUAGACCUCACAAUCUUUCACAGUGGUCUCAUAUAUCAUCAUCAUCAUCAUCAUUAUCGUCACUUUUAACAUCUACUUUGCCAUGCUUGUAUGAGUCAGAUGGGUUUACUGGAAAAGAUUUUUUUCAUAACUGGCCAUGUUCUUCACAGAAUAUUGGAAAUGAAUAAGGCUGCUUUAUGACUGACAUUCAUUUACAACAAUUAUGUGAUGUCAAAGCAAGGAGACACAAAUAUACAUACACACACACACACACACACACACACAUAAAAGUUUUAACUGAGGAAGUGGAACUGGUAAAAUGCACACUACAUAUGUUUCUUAGCUGGCUGAAUCUCUGAUGUAAUAGUUAUGCAAUGAGGGGUGCUCAACUUGGUUUAUCAUCAGGCUGAGAUCACCUUAAUUAAAUGAAGGUUACAUGCACACACACACAAAUAUACACUACACGAAUAUGUGGUUGGGAAGCAAACUUUUUCACCACAUAACCAUGCCUGCACUAUAUAUAUAUUUAUAAUUUUUACACCUGCUGAAAUGCAUUGGAUAAGAUUUCUUGAGGUGGUAUUUUACAGCCAGAUGCCCUUCUUAAUCUAACCCUAGUUUUGCAAAUAGGAGUUGAAUUAUGGCUUUACAUGUUAAUCCUCUAUUGGAUGUAUCAUUUAUGGGAAACAAAAACACAUAACUGUUGCUGGAAUGGUUUCAAUGCAAAGACACACAUACACACCUGCUAUAUGCAUAUGUAUGACAAGUUUCUGUAGUUUCCAUGUACUAAAUUAAAUUCCAUUCACAAGGCAUUAAGUCAGGCUAUAGUAGAAGACACUUGUUAUAUAUAUAUGUAUGUGUGUGUGUGUAUAUAUAUAUAUAUAUAUCAUCAUCAUCAUCAUUGUUGUCGUCAUUUAAUGGCCCUUUUUCCAUGUUGGUUUGAGUUGGAUAAUCUGACAGGAACCAACAAGCUGAAGGCGGCACCAAGCUUCAGUGUCUUCCUUGACAUGGUUUCUAUAAGUGGAUGCGCUUCUUAACAUGAACCACUUUACAGAUUGUUCUGGAUGCUUUUUCUUUUCUCAUGGAACUAGCACUAGUAAGGUAGACCAAGUACUCACAAAAUGGGGUUCCUCAACUUAGUGGAGUUACAGUAUUGAAGGAUGUGAAAUUAUGAUAGAGGAACAAGUUUCUUGCUGAAGAGGUGAAUACAUGGCUUCCCCAGCAGAAAACACACAUACAGCACAUAGAUAUAUUCAAAGAUGUACACUGUAACAUAGAUGAAGUAUUGACAUUUUUAUUCAAUAUAACAUAAAAUCAUAGUCAUAAUGAUCAAACACCAUCACACUGUAAUCAUGACUAAACUAUCAAACACCAACACACCAUAUCCAUACGCUGAUCACAACUUCAACUACAAAAUACCACCAUACUGUAUACAUACUCUAAUCACAACUGCCAAACACUACCACAACACAUACAGAUUGUAAUCACAACCACAUGCCAAAUACAACUACACCAUAUUCGUACUAUAAUCACAAGUACAUACUAAACACCUUUUCCCCUAUAAUCAUAGUUACAACUACCAAACCCUGCCACAGUAUAUUUAUACCAUAAUCACAGCUACAAAUACCAAAACACCAUCAUAUAAUAAUCUCAUUUCUGUAAUCUCUCUACUGAAAAGUUUUUGUAACAAUUUCUACAUGUUCCCCACUUUCAUUUCUUUUCUUGUUAAUAUUCAACUUACAAACUUUCAUCCAAAAUAGUCCCUUUAUUUAAAAAAAAAAUAUUUUUAGUGUCCAGUUGUUUUAGUUAUUGCUUUGGACACAGUAAUAAAAAAAUUAAUAAAUUGGCUCAGUC